AUGACUGCCUUUGGGUUCAGCCCUGGGUUCAUCGCCCACAUCCGGACUCUGUAUUGUGACGUCAUGAGUGUACUGAAGGUGAAUGGGGGGCUCAGUGCUCCGUUCAGUGUGGGGAGGGGCAUCAGGCAGGGCUGCUCUCUGUCUGGGAUGCUCUACUCCCUCUCCAUCGAGCCCCUUCUGCAUCGGCUCAGAGCUGACCUGCAGGGGGUGCUGCUGCCUGGAGCACGACCAUUUAAGGUCUCUGCGUACGCAGAUGAUCUUAUUGUGUUCGUUAACAGCCAGAGGGAUGUGGAGGUCCUGGCUGACACAGUGCAGGUCUUUGGUCAGGUCUCCAGCUCCAGGGUGAACUGGAGCAAGAGCUCUGCCACUCUGCUCGGGGAGGACACUGUGUGGAGGUCACACCUGGGCCCCGCCUUCAGCCCGGCCUGGGGGGCCUUGUACAAGCCCCCUCUGACCAAGAAACAGGGGGACCUGCAGUGGAGGCUGCUGCAUGGGGCGAUAGCAGUCAAUGCCUUUGUGUGUAGGGUGAACAGGGCUGUGGGGGAGGGCUGUCCCUUCUGUGGGGAGAGGGAGACAGUGUUCCACUGCUUCUGGGAGUGUGGGAGGCUCAGGCACAUGCUGGAGCUGCUGAAGGGCCUCUUCACUUCACUGGGGGCAGAGUUUAAUGCUCAGGUGUUUGUGGGGGGGGUCAGGUACUCCAGCCGCAGCAGGAGGAGGGGGCGGCUGCUCAGUUUCCUCGUUGGUCAGGCCAAGAUGGCCGUCUAUGUGAGCAGGAGGAGGAUGGUCCAGGACCAGAGUGAGAUCAGUCCCAGGGCUCUGCUGGUCCGGAUGGUCCAGGCCAGACUCAGGCUGGAGUUUGGUCUCUACAGGAUAAAUUGGGAUCAGGAGGGGUUUGAGGAGCGCUGGGGGUUCAGGGAGAUGGAGGAAAGGGACUUUAAAUGUGAGAACUUUAAUCACAGCGUCGUAUUCCUGCAGCUCCGUGGAGCAUCUCUUCACACUGUUCAUCCGGGGAGACAGAGAGGACACAGAGAGGACACAGAGAGGAGACAGAGAGGACACAGAGGAGGAGACAGAGAGGACACAGAGGAGGACACAGAGAGGACACAGAGAGGACACAGAGAGGACACAGAGAGGAGACAGAGGAGGAGACAGAGAGGAUACAGAGGAGAAGACAGAGAGGAGACAGAGAGGAGACAGAGAGGAGACAGAGAGGACACAGAGGAGGAGACAGAGAGGACACAGAGAGGAGACAGAGGAGGACACAGAGAGGACACAGAGGAGGACACAGAGAGGAGACAGAGAGGACACAGAGGAGGAGACAGAGAGGACACAGAGAGGAGACAGAGGACACAGAGGAGGAGACAGAGAGGAGACAGAGAGGACACAGAGGAGGACACAGAGAGGACACAGAGGAGGACACAGAGAGGACACAGAGAGGAGACAGAGAGGAGACAGAGAGGACACAGAGGAGGACACAGAGGAGGACACAGAGGAGGACACAGAGAGGAGACAGAGAGGACACAGAGAGGAGACAGAGAGGACACAGAGGAGGAGACAGAGAGGACACAGAGGAGGAGACAGAGAGGAGACAGAGAGGACAUAGAGGAAGACACAGAGAGGACACAGAGAGGAGACAGAGAGGACACAGAGAGGAGACAGAGGACACAGAGGAGGACACAGAGGAGGACACAGAGGAGGACACAGAGGAGGACACAGAGAGGACACAGAGGAGGACACAGAGAGGAGACAGAGAGGAGACAGAGGAGGAGACAGAGAGGAGACAGAGAGGACACAGAGGAGGAGACAGAGAGGAGACAGAGAGGACACAGAGGAGGACACAGAGAGGACACAGAGGAGGACACAGAGAGGACACAGAGAGGAGACAGAGAGGACACAGAGGAAGAGACAGAGAGUAGACAGAGAGGACAUAGAGAGGACACAGACACACACAGAGGAGGACACAGAGGAGGACACAGAGAGGAGACAGAGAGGACACAGAGAGGAGACAGAGAGGACACAGAGGAGGAGACAGAGAGGAGACAGAGAGGACAGAGAGGAGGAGACAGAGAGGAGACAGAGAGGACACAGAGGAGGACACAGAGGAGGAUACACAGAGGAGGACACAGAGAGGAGACAGAGAGGAGACAGAGAGGACACAGAGGAGGAGACAGAGAGGAGACAGAGGAGGAGACAGAGGAGAGGAGAGAAUAUCACAAUCAUAAUAAAUAG